AUGUCAAACCCCUUCCACACCGAACGCCAUGUCACCAACAACGACCUAAUGCGCAACUUCAUCAUCGGCUUCAGCGACGGACUUACGGUACCCUUCGCCCUCACAGCUGGCCUGUCUUCCCUCGGUUCCUCACGCCUUGUCGUUCUCGCCGGACUGGCAGAACUCUUCUCCGGCGCCAUUAGCAUGGGUCUAUCUUCUUUCCUCGCCGCAUCCACAGAUGCAGCACAAUACGCUGUAGAAAUGGCACGCGAAAAGAAAGAAAUCGAAACCGCGCCGUUGGAAGAAGAAAAUGAGAUUUAUGAGAUCUUUGCAGAGUAUGGGAUUGGAAGGGGUCAUGCGUUUAUGGUUGUGGAGAGGUUGAAGGAGGAUCCUGAGAUGUGGGUUAAGCUUACGGAACCAAACCGCGCUGGCGCAUGGAUAGAAGGUUUGGUGAUGGGUUUGUCCUAUCUACUCGGUAACACAUCUCAAAACCACUCAUCUAUUCUUAACCCCCUCACUAACGCAACAGCUACAGGUGGCCUCCUACCCAUGAUCCCCUACUUCGCCUUCAAGAGCACCAAUGAUGCACUAUUUACCUCCAUCGGCAUCACUGUUGUCAUCCUGAUCAUAUUCGGCUACAGCAAAUCUGCAGUUGUUGGCAACACAAAGAGAGACUCCUUUCUUAGUGCUUGUUACACACUUCUUGUAGGGGUUACGGCGGCAGGAACGAGUUAUGGCAUUGUGAGAGGUUUGGAUUCUGUCAACCCUGUCAGGGCCUAG